CACUCCGAUGGCACCUCUCCUAGCGAGUCGUCGUUGUCCUCUUCUUCGUCCGGACACCACGGGUCUCAUCGCAGCCAGCCCCUCCCCCACUUUCCAAGACCAUCUUCUUCAGCAGCACUUGCAAGUAUGAGCCCCAACCCUAGCCCAAAUGGAAAGAAUGCUACAGAAGCCAACCCAAACGACCUUCCUCCGCCAUACAAUGUUCUGGUGAAUUCGUCCUCUGAUCUGUUCUUUUCUAGGUCGAAAUCUAAUAAAACCGCACCUCCCAUAACUAAAGUCAGUUCCAGCAGUCUCCUCAGAGAUUCCUCAUCCAGCUCUUCCAGUACAAGGUCCAAACGAAAUGUUCCCUAUCGUCCAGCCCCAGAACAGCAGAGGCAUAUAGACCUCAUGACCGGAAACUCUUCUGAUUCACCCAUAGCACCAUUAUCUUCGGUUAGUUCUAAUACCCAGACUGAAUACUUUGAUGUGCUUCCUUCGUUCCAGAUGUUCCAGUCCAUUUUGAAAAGAGACGAUGCACAGUUCAGUGAGGAUCUACAGACAUUACCUCCAGUAUAUGGAGAUACCACUAACAGUUCUCCCACUCCACCAGGUGGGCUAUCACCAACUACAUCUGCUACCCAGGGUAACAGUAUAGAUACUAUCAUCAACGAUGUAAGUUCAAGAUUAGAAGAGUACCAAUUAGAACGAGAACACGAGGAAAGAGGCGAUUACUUGUUUGAGGACGAUGAUAGUGAACACACUCAUACAUCGUCAGAUGCGGAAAGUGACCAUGCUGACGAGCAUACGCACAACGAAAAUGUAGCAGUGACUAUGGACCGAUAUGGUCAUUCUCCGCUCGACAAUAUCGACAGAUUACCCAAACUUACCAACUCGCCUAUUGAUAUAGCUAUCUAUGUAACGAAAUCGGUUCCUCAGCCUCACCACAAGAACGAGCUCGAAACCAGAUUGAAAGAGUAUACCAGUGGAGACAUGGUCAAUGGGUAUAUCAUCAUUACCAACAAUUCCAACAAACCGGUUGAUUUUGGCUUGUUCACAGUUUCGCUUGAAGGAACCAUCAAGGCCACAGAAAGAAACACACAUGCAGAAGCCAACGAAGCUCAUAAGUACAACAAGAUUUUGAUGAAGAAGUUCUUGAAGAUGUACGACUUCAAUGCUUCCUAUGGAUACACCGAUGUGCCCAACAGUGCGGGAAUUGAGUAUGAAGCGUUUUCAAUCGAUGCACUGGAUGGGUGUGUGAUUGGGCUUCCCAACGAAAGAGUUUUGAAGCCUCUGACGAAGUAUAAGAAGUUUUUCACCUUUAGAUUCCCUAAUAGAUUAUUAGACAACAGUUGCAUUCAUAGCAUUUUACCGCAUAUUCUUCCUCCACCGUCAAUGGGGGUCGACUCUACCUGCUUCUACAAUCGUGGACAGUCUAUUCAGAUGAACAAGGCUCUUGGUUAUGGUUUCUUGAAUAUCAGAGGCACACCACUUUUGACAAAGGACUACAGUUUUGAAGACGUCAGUGUGAGUUACACAAUAGAAGCUAAGUUCAUUGACAGAAUUGAUGGCAAGGAACAACACAAUGAGCUCUCAGAGCGUGAAAUCAACGACCCUAACUCAGAGGCUGAUUAUGCCAUCUCUAAAAGCUCUCAGUAUUUUCUCAGGUUCAUCCCUGACUUGAAGGAGCAGUUCCAAUACUAUAAUACUUCCUUCCACUACACCCCUGAAAGCUACGAAAAUUCUGGUAUUGACGGAAAGCUCUUUCUUGACUACUUGCAUUUGUCGACUUGGAGAUUUGUCAAUUUGCAGAACUACCAACUUGAAAAGGAAAUUAAUGAUCGUUUGGCUAGACAGGAUUUAACCCAAGAAGAGAUCAAGAACAAGAACUUGAUGAGCAUCAACAGUGAAACCACCAGCAGUCACAUGGAGAUGUUGUUGACCAGACUGCAAUCUAUUGAAGAGCAAAUUUCUCUGAAGGAGCGAAUGAUAGGUACAAAGAUUCCGGUGGAUGUGUAUGGCAAGAAAAAGAAGAUGAUUCUUUCAUCCUUAAUCAAAAUCGGAGAACUGAAAAUCUAUGUCAAGGUUCCAGACAAAGUAAUUCCAUACACGGCGCCCAAGUUGUUACAAAAGUACAAUAGUGGCACAAAUGAAGAAGGGACGAGAAGUAAUACUCUUAGUCCAGUCACUUCUUCGCCAGGAUUAGCACCGGUGACUUCAGCAUUGACUCCUAUUGGCAGCAGAUCCGACGAUUUGAGACCAAUUUCUUCAACUUCAAGCAACCAUAUUGUAGACCUAUACAAUAGAGACGACAAUGAGCUCAUCCAAUCACUAGAUGUAUGUAUUGAGUUUGACUCUCUUGACAAUUCUACCAAGCCUCCUCAUAUCAGCCAUAUAGAUACCAACGUGGUGUUUUGGUCUUACUACACAGAGUACCCCUUGCCAAUUGAACUAGGGUACGACUUCUUCUAUUCAAACCCUGAGGAAGCCGAGAGAAACAUCAACGACUCAGUGACUAUUACCAGAAAUAAUCUUCAAGGAUUGAAGGAUCGUGUAAAUAACUACAUCAAUUUCUUAAAGACAAAUCUGGUCUAUGUGUCCAAGAAUUCGUACCUUUACUUGAAGGCAAUCAAGCACUUAGGUGUCAAGAAAGAUACCAUUAAGGACUAUUACAAAGCCGUCACUGAAAAGACUCACCCGACUUUGUUGAACAGUGAAGCUGGAUGGAAAGUGAGCCAAUUAGGAAACCAAAAGUUCCGCUGGACAAAGAAUUUGAAGAUUCCUUUGACUGCGAUCAACAAAAACAACGUGAACUUGUUACCAAGCUACCAGAGUUGCUUAGUAGGCAGACUCUACUGUUUACAAGUUGUUGUUAAGUUUAAGGGCAGCGGUUCAGAAGCAAACGAAUUUGCCGAUAAUAUGGUGUCAGUAGACAUUCCUAUUUUAGUUGGUUAAACCAGAAGGUUCUUCUAUUUGCAGAUAGCCUACUGGGGAGGCAAGAGUACAUAAUAUAGAACUAGUCAUAUUCAGAUAACCUACUCGUAUCCAAUAAUAGAUCAAUACAUUUAC